AUGUCGUCGAGCCUCAAGAACGAGCUGUCAUCCUCAGACUUUGAGGUCGAUUCCAGUGAGAUUCAGUCUCAUUCCCGAGUCCAAAAGGUUAAGCUCAUUCAUAGUCUUCGUACUGGCUUGACUGGCCUGGCGCUGGCUGCUGGCAUUGCCAUCCUGGGCCUCUCCGCAGACACUCUGUCUGUAUACAAUGCCACACACCUGCCAGCCGACUUUUUGUUGUCCCUUUGGCCAGAGAGCCUUGACAUCAGACCGACCACUUCGCUAGUUGCCGGUAGUGCGAUAGUGACGGCUAUGAAUGUGGUCUCUUUGGUUGCGAGCAAGAACGAGUUUGUUCGAGGUAGAAUAAUGGCUCAUUCUGCGGUCAGCCUCACGGCGCCUGUCGUUGCUUUCAUCGCUUCCCUCGUCGCCAUGGUCUUCUUCUACGCCAUCAACGCCUCCACGACGGUCGUCUCAUUCCAGAGUUGGACUUGUCGCUGGAAAAGUGUACCCAUGAGCACUCGUCCCUAUUUUGGCACUUUGUGCAGAGAGAGCCAGACUUCCCUUGCACUGGCUGUGCUUCUCGUGCCUCUGGAGUUGCUCAUCUUGGUGACGGCUUGCUUCCAGGCAGUUAUGGAGAAGAAGGUGGAAGUUAUUUUACACCUGCGGGACGGCUCGGCUUCCUCGUAA